AUGGUUUACCCGGAUGCUGGGAGUGAAGGUGUCACCUUGCUCCCUCGGCGUGAAUGCAGCCAGGAGAAGGUUGGAGCCGACUCAGCAGAGAGCUCAUUACAACACUCAGCCUCUUUCUGCAUCACGGACUCCCCUUCCUGGCCUGUCUCCCACAGGAAGCCAAAGGCCUCACCUGCUGGGGGCAGGUGUAGCCGUGGCAGGGCCCUGAACGUCUGGGACCCUGGGGAUGGCUGGGGGCGUGGGGCCCAGGCUCAGGGGCUUCCUGAAUGGGAGCCUGGCCACCUGGGUGAGGUGCAGGGCCUGGCAGGGCUGGUCGGGGAGGGCCAAGAGGAGGAAGAUGGGGAGGAGGAAGAAGAGGAGCCCCUGAGCUCUGAGGAUCGCUUUCUGAGGCUCAGCGAUGGGGCUCUGCUGCACCGGGUCAUGGGCCUCAUAGCCCCCAGCUCCCGAGGGGGUUUCCUUCCUGGAGCAGUUCAGAGGGGCCUCGGGGCUCGUCGGGUGAGACGCCUGAGUCACCUGCAAGCUCGACUGAGAGAUUUCUACCAGGAAGAGCUACAGCUGUUGAUCCUGGUGCCGCCCCCAGACCUCCAGAUGCUGGGCUUUGAGCCCCUCUCAGAGGAGGCCAUAGAGGAGCUGGAGGGGACCCUAAAGUUGAUGUUGGGGGCCUCUGUGCAGUGUGAACACCGGGAGCUCUUUAUUCGGCACAUCCAGGGACUCAGCCUUGAGGUGCAGAGUGAGUUGGCAGCUGCCAUCCAGGAGGUGAGCCAGCCAGGUGCAGGCAUGGUGCUGGCCCUGGCAGGGCCUGAGCCAGGGGAGCUGGAUGGCCCAGAGCUCGAGCUGCUGGUUAGAAGCCACACGGAAGCCUUAGUGAGGCUGGCGAGGGAGAGGGACCGGGCAGCCCAGCGCCUGGCAGAAGUGCUGCAGGAGCAAGAGGUGCUCUCCCUCCAGCCAGAAACCCCUCAGAGGGUGUCUCAAGAGGGACCUCACCACCACCUCACUCUGCAGCUGGCAGAUGCCAAGGCCCAGCUCAGGAGGCUGAGGCAGGAGCUGGAGGAGAAGGCUGAGGAGUUGUUGGACUCCCAGGGGGAGGUGCAGGGGCUGGAGGCUGAGAUCCGGAGGCUGAGGCAGGAGGCCCAGGUGCUGUUGGGCCAGGCCAGGAGAGCAACUCUGUACCGGGAGGAGGCAGAGAUGCUUCGGGAACGGGCUGGGCGGCUGCCCCGGCUCCAGGAGGAGCUGCGGAGGUGUCGGGAGAGGCUCCAUGUGGCCGAGGCUUACAAGGGCCAGCUGGAGGAGGAGCGUGCCCUUUCAGGAGCACUGGAGGCCGCCCGGGCAUUGCUGGAGGAGCAGCUGGAAGCUGCCCGGGCACGCUGCUCUCGUCUCCAUGAGACCCAGAGGGAGAACCUCUUGCUGCGGGCACGGCUUGGGGAGGCCCAAGUGGAGUUGGAAUCCACUCGACAACAGCUAGACCAGCUGGUGGAAGAGAAUGUGGAAUUGGAGGCAGAAUUGAGACGGACCCUGCAGCCAAGCCCCAGCUCUCCUGGGGAUGCACCACAGCCUUGCUGGACCCCUUCACUACAGGAUGAAGUCAGAGAGGUAGAGAUGGGGCAUCUCCGGAGCUUGGAGCGGGAGAACCAGGAGCUGCGAGGCCAGCUUCGGGAGCUGAAGGCAGGUAGAUGGAGCCAGCCUCCCUUGACUGAGGUGGAAGAUGAAGAGUUAGAGAUCCCCAAGCUGGAGGUACCCAACCGAGUCUUGGAGUCUUCAGGGCUCCAAGAUAUUCCAAAGAUGAAGAUUGAGCCCCCACCAGAGUUGCACUCCCUUGGUGAUGGUCAUGGAAAAUCUGUCCCAGUCUCAGAGGGGUCUGUGUUUGAGUGUUCCAGGCCCUCAGACUCUCCAGAGACCUGUCCAGAUGCCUCUGGGGAAGCAGAGAAGCCAGUCCCAUCUCAGCACCUGGAUGCCUUGGCUUUGACUCAGCAGCAAUUGGAAGGGAAGGUUGUCCAAGAAGACCUCCAAGGGAAGAGGCUAGAAGGGGAAAUUUCCCUCCAAGGGGAAAUGGAGGCUGGGGGCUUGGAAAGGAAGGCCUUGAAUGCUGAGCAUAAACCCUUGGAACGGAAGUGUGAGGGACAGCCAGGGGGCCAGCCUCCCAGUCCAAGGCUGGAGGUGGUGGAGAGAGAUGAGCAACAUGGAGAAACUGAGUCCUUGGUUCAAGAGCAGAGACUAGGGUGUGAGGUCCAGGAUGAGAAAGAGUUGGUACAAGAGGGGAAAAGAGGGAAAGCUGAGGACUGGGAGAGGGAACAGCAGGCUCUGAGAGGAGAGAUAGAGAUUCUGAAGAGGGCUAUGGAGGCUCUGGAGAAGGAAAGGGAAUCUCUGAAGGGAGAAGUGGAGGCUGGGGAGCAGAGACUGAAGGCCUUGAAUGGGGAGCAUGAAGCUCUGAGAGGGGAGCAGGAGGUCCAGGGACAGAGGCUGGAGGCUCUGGAAAGGGAGCUUGAGAGCCUUCAGCAAGAGCGGGAGACCCUUCGGGGGGAGCUGGAGGCCCAGGGGAGGAGGCUGGAGGCCCGGGGAGAAGAGGCUGCCCGGCUUGGGGAGGAGCUGGCUCAGGCCAGGAGGGCUGAGGCUGAGGCACAUUCUGAGGCCGAGGCUGAGGCUCGGGAACGAGACGGGCUUCGAGAGGCGCUGGAGGCUGCCGGGCGAGAGUUGGAGGCUGCGGGCCAGGAACGAGAGGCUCUGGCAGAGGCUCUAGGAGCUGCUGGGCGGGAGCGGAGGCAGUGGGAACGAGAGGGAGCCAGGCUGCGGGGCCGGGCAGAGGCCGCCGAGCAGAAGCUGCUGGAGCUGGAGAGUGAAGGGCGAGCCCUACGAGAUCAGGCUGAGAAGGAGCGGCAGGUGGUGGAGGCCAUGAGAGAGGAGCUUCAGGGGGCAGCGGUCUUGAGUCAGCAGCUGAAGACCGAGGUGGGAAGGUUGCAACUGGAGCUGGAGUGGGCAACCCAGGAUCGGGACAAGCAGCUGAAGGAGCAGGAGAAGUGCCGGGAGAGGACGUACCAAGCUUUGGAAAAGCGUCUGGAAGAGGAGAGUUGGGUUGCCCUGGCCGCCAAGGAUGAAGAAAUGGCGGCUCUAAAGGCCAGGGUCCGGGACUUAGAGCAGCAGCUCCAGUGCCAGGCUUCCUUGGGGCUGAGGGCAGAGGAGCCCCCCAGGCCAGGGGGAGCCAAGGAGGCCCCCAUUGCGGCAGAGGCCAUCCAGGAGACCCUGAGCGGGCGGCUCAUCAUGGUGGAGCGCAGUAAUGCAGCCCUGACAGCUGAGAAGGCUGCUCUGCAGGGGCAGCUGAGGCAGCUGGAGGGCCAGGUGGGGGCUCUGCAGGGGCGGGUCCAGGAGCUGCAGCUACAGAAUCAUCGGGCACAGGAGCACAGCAGCCAGCUGCAGGCAGAGAAGGCUGUGCUGGAGACACAGGCCCGAGAGCUUCGGGAGAGACUGGGGGCUUUGGACAAGGAGAUGCGAGGGGCGCGGCAGGAACAGGAGGCGGCCUGGGUCCAGCACCAGGCACUGCUAAGGGACCAUGAAGCUUUGGGGCGACUGCAGCAGCGGCAGGAGGUGGAGCUGGAGGGGCUUCUGGGCCGCCAUCGGGAGCUGAAGGCCACGCUUCGGGAGCUGGAGCUGUCCCACAAGGAGCUGCAGGGCAGGUACGAGCAGCUGCAGGCCCAAAGGGCCCAGGUGGAGGCCCAGGAGGUGACUCUACAGGCAGAACGGGAGAGGCUGGCCCAGGAGAGGCUGCAUCAGAAGGGCCUGGAAGAGGAGCUCCGUCGGUUGCAGAGCGAUCAUGAGAGGGCCCAGGUGUCCUUGGCUGAUGCCACCAGGGAGCGGGGUGAGCUCCAGGGUGAACGGGGUGAGCUGCGAGGCCGACUGGCCCGCCUGGAGCUGGAGCGAGCGCAGCUGGAGGCCCAGGGCCAGGGCCUCCGCGAGGCCAACCAGAGGCUGGACCUCAGUGUCUGCCGGCUCACCACACAAUGCCAGCUGCUGACCGAGCUGAGGGCUGCCCAAGAGGAGGAGAACCGGCAGCUACUGGCUGAGGUGCAGGCACUGAGCCGAGAGAACCGGGGUCUCAUGGAGCGGAGCCUAGAGAGCCGGGAUCACCUGCACAGAGAGCAGCGGGAGUACCUUGACCAGCUCAAUGCUCUGAGACGAGAAAAGCAGAAAUUGGUAGAAAAGAUCAUGGACCAGUACCGAGUACUGGAGCCUGGACCCCUGCCCCGGACCAAGAAAGGCAGCUGGUUGGCAGACAAAGUAAAAAAGCUGAUGAGACACAAGAGGGAAGGAGGCCUCCUUGGAGGACCCCGACCUGGGGCUGAGGGAGCUGGCAGCACUGAGAGCUUGGGGAGCCCCCUGGACAUUGAGCCCCCCGAAGGCAAGGAAGCCAGUGAAGCAGCUUCCCCAGGGCCUAUGCGCAGGGCCCAGAGCUCUCUCUGUCUUCGGGAUGACACCUCGUCAGGUGGGCAGCGGAGGAGGCUGAGUUCCCGGCUCCCUGUGGUCCGGGGCUCUGCGUCCUUCAGCCCCGGGGAUUCCCCCCGCCAGCGUUUCCGUCAGCGUCGCCCUGGGCCUUUAGGGGCACCCAGCUCUGGAACCAGAGGAUGGGAUGGCUCAGAUGACAUCUUGGAGGGACCAGAAGCUGCUGCUGACCAAGAGGGUGAGACAGGCCUGGGAGCUGCGGGUCCUUCGGAGCAUGAGCCCAAGAAAGCUCCUCUCACACCUUCCCUCAGCCAGUGACCCCAUGAUGAGCUCAGGAGCCCACUGGACUAGAUGGAGGCACAGAGCACCGCCCCAGAGGGCCCGUGGGCACGGGGCUCAUAGCAAGGCUAGGGAUGGGAAGCAUCUUUGUGGCUGACUCGUCCUGGGGCCUGGACCUUGGGGACAGGCAGCUGGGCCCACCUGCUUGUGUGAGUGCUUCAGGAGGGUGGCCCCUAUACCCUGAGCCUAGAAGCAUGUGGCCAGGGGGAUUGGGGGUCCCCUGGUCCUGGGGAGGAGGGGCUGGAGUGCCUGGCAUGGAGAACAGCACCAUGGGCAGAAGAGGCACCUUUGGGGAGAGCAGACCAGGAGGAAGCUCACCUGGCUUCAGGUUCUGUCACAUUCUGUGGAAUUCAAUCCCUAUGUAUUAAGCAUGUACCCUGGACAAGGCCCCAUUUCUGUUAUUUAAACCUUUGCUUUGUCUUUGGCAAAACCAAAAUAAAGCCUGUGA